AGUUUUCGAUCUCGAUCAUCUGGAUCCAAGCAAUUACUACGAUUUGCUAUAAUGUCGAUGUCUCGGCUCGGAUUGUUGUUGUUCGUCGCUAUAUUCCUCGUCCUACUUCAAUCUUCCACUUCUCUGAUUAGUUCUCCAAGUUCUAUCAUCAACCCUUCUAAAGUCAAACAGGUUUCUGCGAAACCCAGGGCAUUUGUGUAUGAAGGUUUUUUGACGGACUUGGAAUGUGAUCAUCUAAUCUCUCUUGCGAAAGAGAAUCUGCAGAGAUCUGCGGUUGCUGAUAACGAUAAUGGCGAGAGUCAAGUCAGUGACGUUCGUACCAGCUCCGGCACGUUUAUCUCCAAAGGAAAGGAUCCUAUUGUUUCCGGUAUAGAGGACAAGCUCUCAACAUGGACAUUCCUCCCAAAAGAAAACGGGGAAGACCUUCAGGUAUUGAGAUAUGAGCACGGUCAGAAAUAUGAUGCUCACUUUGACUACUUCCACGACAAAGUCAACAUCGCCCGUGGUGGACACCGCAUAGCAACGGUUCUCUUGUAUCUAUCUAAUGUCACAAAGGGUGGAGAAACGGUUUUUCCCGAUGCACAGGAAUAUUCACGCCGCUCGCUUUCUGAGAACAAAGACGAUCUUUCUGAUUGUGCAAAGAAAGGAAUCGCUGUGAAACCGAAGAAAGGGAAUGCUCUGUUGUUCUUCAACCUCCAACAAGACGCAAUCCCAGAUCCCUUUAGCCUUCACGGAGGUUGUCCAGUGAUCGAAGGAGAGAAAUGGUCGGCUACAAAGUGGAUCCACGUGGACUCAUUCGAUAAGAUAUUGACACAUGAUGGUAACUGUACGGACGUAAACGAGAGCUGUGAGAGAUGGGCAGUGCUUGGAGAAUGCGGAAAGAACCCAGAGUAUAUGGUUGGAACUCCAGAGCUCCCUGGAAAUUGCAGACAUAGCUUGGUCGACUCUGGUAGAUCUAGGGUUAUGGAUUCCAAAUUGGAGAACGUGGAUGAUGAUAAUUCGAUGAUGGAGAUAUCUGAGGAGAAUGAAUCGAGGAAGCGCAAGGCAGAUGAUACUUUCCCGGUGGAUUCUUCCGAUGUUGGCGAGAAAGAAGAACAAGUCGACGACGAAGACAUAAUAAUAAGUGAUGAGGAGGAGAAAAUGGACGUGUCGAGCCGCGAGGAGGGCCAAGAAUGGGACGUGGAUAGUUUCGACGUAGGUCACCAAUACACAACUAAAAAGAAGGUGGAUCCAAACGACGACGAAGCUGUGAAGAUGCGUCGAUACAGACUUCAGAUGUAUCAGACCAAUGGUUUCAACGUGGAUAUGGAAAACUAUCCAGGGAGAGUGGCCUACCGAGAACUUUGGGCUGUUGAUCUUGAUGAACCCUUUCGGUCAAGUGGUCUAACAGGGCGUGUCUACAUGCAAAACUGUGUUGAUUUGGCUAUACAAAGAUACAACAGAAUCAAUCAAAAGACCCUCACAUGUGAGCAUAUUGUGAGGGCUAUUAUCUGUGUAGUCGACGGAAUCAAAUCCUACAUCACCUUCAUGGCCAGAGAGACUCCAGAUGGAAAUCUUGUUGAGUAUCAAGCUAAAACUGAGAAAAAGUUCUGGCAAAAACAUGCUCACGCCCUCUUUUGCAGGCCAACUCCUAUACCAAGAGUUAUACAAGUGCCUAAGGACGAAGAUUGUGAUCCGAUUACUGACGGGUCCAGCAGUGACGGGUCCAGCCGCGAAAGCGAUCAAGAAUGGGACGUGGAUAGUUUGGAUGAUGAAUCUGAUUACAAGCCCCCAGAUAUGCUGGUUCCCACCGACGAGGAAAUUGAAAAGAUGCGUCUAUAUAGACCUCAUAUGUAUCGGAGCAAGGGUUUCUACGUGGAUGGAGAAAGCUACUCUGGGAAAGUGGUCUACUUCUCUCAGGUUGUUCUUGAUGAACCCCUUUGGCUUACUGGGAUUACAGGCCGUGAAUACGUGCAAAGAAUGAUAGAUAUUUCUCUGGAAAAAUACAAUGAAAUCAAGGGAUCGAGUGUGACAUGUGAAUCGAUUGUGAGGGCUAUUCUGACUAGGGUGACCGGAUUCAAGAUGUACAUCACUUUCAUGGCUAGAGAGUUUCCGGGUGGAGAUCUUGUUGAAUAUCAAGCUAAGACGGAGAGGAAGUAUCACGAAGACGAUCUUUCUGACUGUGCAAAGAAAGGAAUCGCUGGGAGCGCGGGAGAAAAUUGGAUGGGGAGUCCCAUGGAGGAGAUUCGAUCUACCGAUUUAAGGAAGCGAAAGGCGGAUGAUGGUGGCUCCCCGCUGAAUGAAUUCGAAGAUGAUGACAUGGUGGAGUACGACGAAGAAGAACAAGGUGGUGAUGAUGGAGAGGAAAGCGAUGUGUCUAGCCGUGAGGAGGGCCAAGAAUGGGACGUUGAUAGUUUCGACGAUGGAUUCGAUUACAGACCCAAACGGAAUCUUGAUCCCAACGAUGAGUUAGGUCAAAAGAUGCAUCGAUAUAGAUCUCAGAUGUACCGGAGCAAGGGUUUCGAUGUCGAUAGAGAAAACUACCCUGGGUUUGUGGUCUACCGACCACUCGUUCCCAUUGAUCUUGAUAAACCAUUUACAUACAUGGGCUGUAAGCACACAGGCGAGCUCACAGGCCGGGCGCUCAUGCAGACCAUGGUAGAUUUGGCUCUGGAAAGAUACAACAGAAUCAAGGGAUCUACUGUGACUUGUGAGUAUAUUGUGAGAGUUGUAGUUUCUAAGGUGUGCGGACUCAAAGCGUACAUUACUUUCAUGGCUAGAGAGUUUGCGGGUGGAGGUCUGGUGGAGUAUCAAGCUAAGACUGAGAAGAGGAUAUAUCAAAGGAAACCUCAUGUCAUAUUUUGCAGGCCAGCUCCAAAACACAAAGAUCCCACGGAUGAUGAUUUUGUCUACACGGAUUCUUCAAGUGAUGAGGAGGAUAGUGACGCGUCUAGCCGUGGAAGUGGCCAAGAAUGGGACGUGGAUAGUUUAGACGACCAACCUGAUUACAAAAUCCCAAGGGUGCAUAUUCCUUCCGAUGAUGAAGUUCAGAAAAUGCGCCUAUAUAGACCUCUGAUGAUCAAGAGCAAGGGUUUCAACGUGGAUGGAGAAUGCUACUCUGGGAGGAUGCGCUACUUCACUCCCGUUGAUUUUAAUAAAGACAUAGUGCCUUAUGGGAUUACAGGCCGUGAGUACAUGCAAAACAUGGUGGAUUUGGCUCUGGAAAGAUACAACGAAAUCAAGGGAUCCACUGUGACAUGUGAAUUUGUUGUGAAGGCUAAUAUGACUAAAGUGGGCGGGUACAAGUCAUACAUCACUUUCAUGGCUAGAGAGGUUCCAUGUGGAGAUCUUGUGGAGUAUCAAGCUAAAACAGAGAAGAAGUUUUCGCAAAGGAAAGCUCAUGUUAUCUUUUGCAGGCCAAGUCCAAAAUCAAAAGAUUGAUGUUGCUACCGAUCGAGCUUUUAUUAGUUGUGAUGGGCAAGGAAACUAAUUU